AUGGGAGGUGCGGCGGAGGAGUGGAGACCCGGUCGGGGUCGGCGUCCAGGCUGGGGCGCACUCUCCGGCAGAGUCGACGGGAGUGGGGACGGCAUCCGCGGCCCCGGCGGCAGUGGGGGCCCGGGCGUCCAGAAGCAGCCUCCGCCGCUGCUGCAGCAGCUCCUGGCGCUGCUGCCGCCGCCGACGCUGCAGCUGCAGCUGCUGCCACAGCCCCCGCGGGCCCGGGCGUCUCCAGCUGCAGAGCCUCCCGGGACCGUGGCUCCACCCCCGAAAGGGCGUGGCUAUCCCCCGCAGGGCCGGGCGCGCGGGCAGCAAGCGAGGCCACAGCAGCCAGGCGCGCGCCGGGCGACCUCGGCCCGCCCUCCGCCGGCCCCCAGCCGCUGGCUGGGUGCUCACUUUAAUGCUGCGGGGAGCCCGGGCGCCCGGGGGCGCCUCGCCCCCCGUCCCCUCCCCAUGCCGUUGGCAGUCUCAGCCUGGGAUCCUGCGCCCGGACCGCCCUGCUUUGUGUGGUGGCCCCGUCACCGCCACAGCUUGCCGCACGUCACAAAUCCGAGGAGCGGCCGGCAGGACAGCCCUAGUCACGAGCUCCAGGGGAUCCCGGCCGGAUGCAACGGCAGGGCCGUGUCCUAG